GUCCCAGGGUGGCUGGCCUGGUCUCUGAGACAACAAACUGCAGUGCCACCGCACGUCAAUCAACCACAAUGAAAAGAAGGGGUGAGCCCCCCGCCAUGGCCCCUCUGAGCCCCAAGAAACCAAGACACGAUGGCAGCUCAGAUGAUGAGUCGCCCAUAUUAUCAAACAGUCAUGACUCCAGUCAGAGUGACUCCCACAGUGACCAGGAUGAGCCCCGAGCAGGAUUCUCCAUGUCGGCCCCACAGCCUGAUGCCGCCUCCGAGACAGGCCCUGACACAGAGGAGGGCUCCAAGUUCGCCAUGUACAACACGGUCUCACAGAAGCUCAUGGCUAAGAUGGGCUUCCGUGAAGGCGAAGGCCUGGGGAAGUUCGGCCAGGGGCGGAAGGAGAUCAUCGAGGCAUCAACCCAGCGCGGGAGGAGAGGACUGGGGCUCACGCUGCAGGGCUUCCAGGGGGUUCUGAACAUCGACUGGCAGGAUGAGCCUGAGCCCAGUGCUGUGGAGAAGGUGGAGUGGUUCCCAGAGUCCACAGCUACAAUCCCAGAUGCGGAUGAGCUGAAGCAUUGGAUGGCACUCGGACCGCGGAAAUUAAAGAUUGAAGAUGAAACCGUGUUCUGCACAGAAGAUCUCCUACACACUCUGUUAAGGUGCAAGUCGGUGUUUGACAACCUGGAGGGAGAGGAGAUGAGGCGAGCAAGGACGCGCUCCAACGCCUACGAGACCAUUCGGGGGGCCUUCUUCCUCAACAGAGCAGCCAUGAAGAUGGCCAACAUUGACUACUGCUUUGACAACAUGUUCACCAACCCAAAGGAUCCACAAGGGAGGCCGUUGACGCGGGAGCACGACGGGGAGCUGCUGUACUUCGCCGACGUAUGCGCAGGCCCCGGCGGCUUCUCUGAGUACGUGCUGUGGAAGCGCCGCUGGCACGCCAAGGGCUUCGGCAUGACCCUGAAGGGCCCCUGUGACUUCAAGCUGGAGGACUUCUUUGCUGCGCCCAGUGAACUGUUUGAACCGUACUACGGGGAAGGAGGCAUCGAUGGUGACGGGGACAUCAUGCGGCCGGAGAACAUCAGUGCUUUCCGUAACUUUGUCAUGGAGAGCACGGAGAGGCGGGGCCUGCAUUUCCUCAUGGCCGAUGGGGGCUUCUCUGUGGAGGGCCAGGAGAACAUCCAGGAGAUCCUCACCAAACAGUUGCUGCUGUGUCAGUUCCUCACGGCCAUGUCCACCGUCAGGACCGGUGGUCAUUUUGUGUGCAAGACGUUCGACCUGUUUACUCCCUUCACCGUGGGUCUGGUCUACCUCCUCUACCUCUCCUUCGACAGGCUGUCCCUCUUCAAACCCGUCACCAGCCGGCCCGCCAACUCAGAGAGGUACAUCGUGUGUCGAGGUCUGAAGCCGGGCUCGGAUCCCAUCAGGGAGUACAUGUUCAGGAUCAACCUGAAGCUGAAUCAGCUGAAGCAGUCCGACACUGACGUGCUGGAGGUCGUGCCGCUGAGCGUGAUCAAGGAAGACAUCAAGUUCUACCAUUACAUGGUCAACUCCAAUGAGGGUAACUGCGCUGUCCAGAUUAAGGCCCUGGCCAAGAUCCACGCCUACGUCUUAGACCAAGCUCUAUCAGAGACCCGGCAGGCUGACAUCAGAAAGGACUGUAUGAAGCUUUGGGGGGUCCCUGAUAAGGCGCGCGUCACCCCAUCCUCCUCAGACCCCAUAGCAAAGUUUUACGAACUAAUUAAGAGCUCAGACGUGGACUCAUUCCAGUCCAAGGUCACGGCUCUGAGCUCCAGCACGCUGGAGAAAGUCCACCAGGUCCUCAACUUCCGCUGUAUCGUGGGUGGAGGAGAGCAGAACUUCCUUCUCUCCCUGGGGAAGUCCCAGAUCUACGUGUGGGAGGGCAAGAUGCCGGUGCGCUGGAGGAAGCUGGAGAACUUCAAGCUGGAGCUGCCCAGGGAGACUCUGCUGAGCGUGGAGGUGGUCCAGGAGCUCAAGGGGGAGGGCAAAGCGCAGAGGAGGAUCAACGCGGUGCACGUGCUGGACGCGCUCAUACUCAACGGAACGGACGUUAGAGAGCUGCACUUCAACCAACGAAUCCAGAUGGCAGAGAAGUUUGUGAAGGCCGUGUCCAAGCCCAGCCGACCGGACAUGAACCCCAUCAGGGUGAAGGAGGUGUACAGACUGGAGGAGAUGGAGAAGAUCUUUGUCAGGCUGGAGAUGAAGGUGACCAAGAGUUCUGGCGGAGUCCCGCGUCUGUCCUACACCGGCAGAGACGACAGACACUUCCUCCCGACCGGCCUUUACAUCAUCAAGACCGUCAAUGACCCGUGGACCAUGGCGUACAGCAAGAACCAUAAAAAGAAGUUCUUCUACAAUAAGACCACCAAGGACUCCACCUUCUCCAUGCCCCCGAGCUCCGUCACCCCAUUCCGUGUGUGCCACUUUGAGCGUCUCUUCUGGGCAUGGGAGGAGGGGGUCAUCGUUCACGACUCCCAGACGCGAGUGGACCCAGAUAAACUGUCCAAGGAUGAGGUGCUGGACUUUAUUCACCAGAACUACCAGCCCUGAAGAGCAGCAGCAGCAGCAGCAGCAGCAGCAGCGUGGUUCUGGCUGGCCGAGACCUGGUGUGUUGAGACAGACUGCCCUGAAUCAACCAUGAAGGAUGGUUUGGGUCUGUGGGAGACUGUUUCUACAUCAUGGACGACCGGGUUUCUCGGUCUAUCUCAUUUUCUCCAUGGCCCCAGCUCAAUAUGAAUUAUGACGAUGAAUUGAUGAAACACACAAAAAAUAUGCCUGCCAUUGUUACCCAUUAAGUAUAGCAUGUCCUUCUUGUUCGAUUUACAGUUUUCCCUCCAUGCUGCGUGUUCACAGGCUUGUUUUUGUCAGGGAGAGGCGAUUAACUUACAAUCGACUGAUACAAUUGUAUAACUUAUGGCUUCAACUAUACACAUAGGAAUGUGUGGUUGUUUUUUUGCUCCGAGUCUUGUCCAAUUUUCCUAUCAAAGGGGUCAUAUUUUAGUACUUUAUUUUCUAAAUUCUCUAAGCCUUACCCCAAAUGUAGCUGCAACCAAAAUGCAAUAAUCACAAAAUAUUCUGUAUAUAUUUGGCAAGCUCAUAAUCACCUGCAUCAGUGUACUCUUGGUGGCCUCAUACCUGACCUGAUAUUUGACAGAUUGCUGGUUUUAACUUUUUUUUAAAUCUUGCAACAUGUUUGGGGUUCAGUUUCGUUCCUUUUUCAAUGUUUUGAGGAUUUGUUCUUUGUGUAAAUGUAUCUUUCAAUAUACACAGUAAUAAACAGGAAGCCCCCAAGUUUGCCCUUGAUAUACAUUAUUGCCAGAACAUAUUAAAUCCAUUUUCUUUUUUAAACUAGAUGCCAUUCGUGUGAUUAUUGUGUGGUAUCAUUAAAGUUAUUUUAGAUAGAAAUCAUGCACUGGAUUUAUAUAGGCUGUUUCUUGAAAGUAACAAAGUUGUAAAAGCAGCUAAAAAAAAAAAUGAUAUAAUCAUAAGCUCUUGACUUAAAGGCCACAUCAAGGAUGUGUUAUGAGCAGUAGCGGAGCCAAAGAAUCCUGAUUGUGGAGCUAUGGGUGGACUGGAUUGUUUA